AUGACCAGAUUGAGGCAUGCACUCCAGCAUGCAAGGCACAGUCCACGAAAGCCCGGCUCAAUAUUGCGUCGUAGCGAAUCCAUUGAGCGACGACGACGCAGCAUAAGCAUGUCAUCUCCUGAAAGGCCUAUUCUCUCAUCAGGAUCGGGAACAAUCCCAGUUAAUGCCGAAAUUGAUGCAAAAAGAUCGUCCUUGCGUGAAGUCGAUUUUGCACGCGGAGAACAGCGACUGAGAGCAUGGCUUGUCAAUACGAUUCUGGAGCCUCUUCAUCAGCGCAUCAAGGAGACGAACUCGAAACUGGAGAAGGAACACGCAAGCCCUCCAAUCAAAAUAGGAUUCUCGUCUGUGGAAGCGCUUCAAGCAGCGAUGGUCAGUCGACCAGAACUUCUUGACACUAUGCUCCCUUACAUAUUACCUUUCCUUCAUGUGCACAGCAAUCAGGGAUACUUGGUUAGCCGCAUCUCGGAGCUCGCUGCUGAUAAGUUCAUGAUGGAGUACAGUUGGAACAGUGGCGGCAAAGAGCCUGUACAAGAAAAAAUGUCCUCUGGUCGAGUAGCGCGAAGGCCGUGGGGUGAACAUCUGCCCACAGACGCGAUGCUGGUCUUUUCACUUUUCUCAGCUUAUAUGGAUUGUCAGUUGACGUCAAAUCCACUAGUCGGCUCGUGCAGGCUGGCACAGCCAUUCUCGGCCGUGUACACAUUGAGGACACCUGAAAGACCAAACGCCGUUCAUUUAGCAGCUGAGAGUUUCUAUCUGCACAUGAGUAGCACCUCUCCUCCUCACUUUGACUUCGUUUGCAAUGAUGCCGAUGGCUCCCCAUCACGUGCUGCUAUUCCACGAGGAGCGAAGAACUUGUUUUCUGCAAUUCUGUCUUUCAUCCAUCAUGCUAAGGUGAAUAAUGGUGGGCGGCUCGAUCGGAUGAGUAUCGGUCCAACAGGCUUGAACAUUGCUUGUGUCCUGGAGUGA